GCAUGGUCGUCCACUGUGACCCAUUGCUGUCAGCUGUGGAUUGAAACACGAUUUUAGGUCUAUGUUAGUACAAAUAUGAAUAAGCAGCCCUAGUGUGAGUGAUUUUCUGAUCUGACAAGUACCAUACACUAGAUCUCAACCCAGGGUAAUGGCUGGUCCAAAGAAGCAUUACCCCCAGAAUGGCAAGACCAAAACAGAGAAGCCUAAACCCUCACCAGCCAAAAAAUUCAUCGAGACUUUUAUCAACGAUGCCAAGAGAUCCGUACCCAGAGAAGAUGCCAAACAAUUAAAGGAUAUGUGCCGAGAGAGCCUUGAAAAUGUUUUGGAGAUUUAUGAACUUGUCAUGACAAAUUUGUGCAAAGAUCAUGCUGAAGUGAGAUUUGCUGUCUUUGUCAUCCUUGAUCAUCUUGUCAGGCGAUCGGCUUCAUUCAGGCAGAAGAUCAUAGAUGACCUCCCAAGAGUCCUGGAAAUGACACUGGGGACAAAUCCCCAGAUCCCCCUACCACUGCCAAAAAAUGUCUCACAAGAUCUGAAGAGAUACACUGCUGAAUGCUUCCUGGACUGGAAGGAAUUGUAUGGCAGACAUUUCAGACAGCUGGAACUUGCUGAGUUAUACCUCAAGGAAUGCAAAUGGGUUGAGUUUGACACACUAGUGCGUGAGGUUGAAGUUCGUAAAAUGAGGGAAGAAGAGACCAGGCGUAAAGAAGAGGCUUUAAGAAUGAAGAGGCUGGAAAAGCUUCGAGAAGAGAUAGUUGAAUAUGAAGGAGAUGUGAGAGAAACUGUAACUCAGUUACAGUCCUGCUUCAAACUCCUGGUUCCAUUGAUGGAAGAAUUCAACCUGGAUGCAGCAGAUCAAAAUGGUUCAAAUGAAAAAGGAAUUGAAGCAGUGCAAACAGAAGAUGAAAUGAAUCCUGAUACAAUUUCCCUCAGGCAGCAUGGAAUUGCACAUCCCAACUUUAGUGUCACUAUUGGCAUCAAACCUCAAGGCCUGCAGGAUGAUGUUAAAGAAACAGGAGAUGCUGAUGUGAAGAAAAGUGCCUAUGAUCAAUAUCUAUUGAUUGUCAAUCGGUGGCUUCCAAUGGUUACAAAAUGGGUCCACGGUCUUCAAAAAUUUCAAGGAACCAAAGAUGAGCUUGAGGUCCCUGAAUUUCUGAAGAGGGAAUUGGAAAGGCAUAUGGAGAGGUACAUAGAACUGGGACUGAAGACUGCCAAUAAACACAAGGGAAGAGGGGCAAGUGAUGAAGAGAGCAGUGACUCAGAUUUUGAAGCUGUGGAGGAGAAGCAAGGGUUUGAAGAGGAGGCAAAGUCAGAUCCUGUUCCAGGGCCAUCAGGGCUCCAGGGUUCAAGGACUAGGGUUAUGUCACAUGCUGGAGUACUUGCUCAAGCUUCAACAUCAUCCAGCAGUCAGGAGUGGACCCUAGUCAGCAGAGAUGAGAGAGAAGAGGAUCCAACGACUCUACAAUGUCAAAUUAAGGCCAGAGGUGGGUCACUUCCUCAGCCAGAACCACAUCCCUCUUCAUUGCACCAGGCAGACCUCGCAAGUGGAAUGUCAUCAAUAGGUCACAAAGCGAAACUCCUGGCCAAGGCUCCCAAGCUUCCUUUUGAUAUUGACCUUUAUCACUGGGAAGAUCAAAAUCUGGAGGCUCCAACAAUUGCCAUGGUGAGGAGUGAUGCAAAUCAGAUAUGGAGUGGACCCUUGCCUGAAUCAGACAUCCUCCUUGAUCCUGAAGGUGUUUCAGCCCUCCGCAGACGGACAAUUGAGUUCACAGGACAAUUUCAGCCAGUGGAAACAUCAUGCAAUGCUCCACUUCCCAGUGGGAAACUGUGUCCUCGUAGGGAUCGCUUCAAGUGCCCAUUUCAUGGGGUUAUUGUUCCACGGGACUCUGAAGGGAAUCCAGUUGCUGAGAAUGAAGUUUCUCAACCUUCCACAUCAAAAAAUGCUGUUGAACCCUCCAUGCAGGAAGAACAAGGCCAGAAGAAGAAGAAGAAUAAACGGAGAGAGAAGAAGAAAGUGUCGAGGUUGACAGACCUAAAAGCCUGCCAAAAUACUGCCAGGAAGAGAUUGGAGAAAAAGCUCAUGAACAGGUCAUCCGUGCGACGAGUGGCAUCUGCCAUGGAUGCACAGGACAAGAAAAAGUUCCUUGACAAGUUUGGAAAUCAGUUCAACUAUCAGUGA